UCAAGCGUUAAGUCUUUCUCUAAGUCAAGAUGAGUGAUAAGCCAGAUUUGUCGGAAGUGGAGAAGUUUGACAAGUCAAAAUUGAAGAAAACUAAUACUGAAGAAAAAAAUACUCUCCCUUCUCAGGAAACUAUUCAGCAGGAGAAAGAGGCUGUCCACAAAUCAUAAAAUGGAGAUCCUCUCUCAAGAAAAAUUUCAACAUUGCCUGAGAUCCUUGGUUUUAGGC